UAAAGCGGUUCAUACGCUGUCAUUCAAUCUAGUUAUACCAGCUAAGUUUUCAAAGCAAAGACUCGGUGGACAUUCAGUUUACUUUCGUGAUUCCAAUUAUCAUCACUGCUGUCAAAUGUUUUAACUUUUUAAUUUUAGUACGUGUCAUUCCCACGACGGCGCUGCAGUCAGCAGUUAUUUUGAUCACGUGAUCAUUUCAACCGCCAAAAUUAUUGUCAUUUUUUUCGGCGACCCGCAGAUUUUUCUGUCGUUACAAGAAAACGGUUAUAUUCCUGAUAUUUCUAACGUUAACACCGCUAAUUCUACAUCAAGUCGCGUGCACAACGUUUAUUUGAAGUGAGGAAAUAAUAAAAACUUACAAUCAUGGCUAAAGUGCACAUAACCAAUGUUGUAGUAUUGGACAACCCGAGUCCGUUUUUGAACCCUUUUCAAUUCGAAUUAACCUUCGAAUGCAUCGAAGAACUUAAGGAAGACUUAGAAUGGAAGAUGAUAUACGUGGGGUCUGCGGAAACAGAGGAACACGAUCAAGUUCUGGACACAAUUUACGUCGGGCCCAUACCGGAGGGCCGUCACAUGUUUGUAUUUCAGGCUCCACCGCCCGACGUCACUAGAAUCCCCGAAAACGACGCUCUAGGCGUCACCGUCGUCCUCCUAACAUGUUCAUAUAGAGGUCAAGAGUUCGUCAGAGUAGGUUAUUUCAUAAACAACGAAUACUCAGAAACAGAACCAGAAUUACGUGAGAAUCCACCGGCAAAGCCCCAAUUUGACAAGGUCGUAAGGAAUAUCCUUGCUUCUGAACCUCGUGUGACGAGAUUUAAGAUUAAUUGGGCGGAACCCGACGCAGCGGCGGCUGCAGACUCAGGAGAUGGGAAUCUCGAAAGUUCACACGCACCAAGUAACGACUCUUACGGUGCAUCGUUCAAUGCUGACAGUCAAAUUAGUGCUAUAGAGUUCCAAGGUAGUUUGAGUGGGUACGGUGAUAAUUCAAACUCCAUCGCUCCAAUGGAAUGCUGAGGUCACCAGAAGUUGAGUAAUGGACUUAUUUGUGUAGUGUAAACUGAAUAAUGGACUGAAACAUAGUUUAGCUAAUGCGGGCCGUCAAAUGUGACAAUACUAACUCAAUACAAGGAAAAAUAGCUAAAUACUUUGAUAUAUAUCAUGAUGAAAUGGUGUAAAAGCAGUGUAAGAGCUGUCAAAAUGUAAGCAGAGCUUAAUGACACUCAAAAACAGACAUAACAAACUAGAGGUAAUUUUAACUAUUGUGAGAAAGAUUCAUUAUUAAAUGAUGCAACGGUUUACUCACGCGUAUUUAUCGAGAUUGCCCGACCGUUUAAGUCCGAAACUAGUGAGGCGAUCCCGAUAAAUACGCGUGAGUUAACCGUUGUUUCAGCUAAUAAUACUAUUUGAAUCAGAAUAAUUAAUGUUUAAUGAGAAAUUUACUCUCAAAUUUACUCUUCUUGAUUUCAAUUUCUUACUGUCAAACUUUAAUGCACUGUGUUGAGAUAGUUUUAAUGACUGUUUUUGAUUGUCAUUUAGUUAUCUGAGUUAACAAACUGUGCUGGCUCUUAGACAAACUUCCAGGUUGUAUUAUGCUGGUAUGUCAGAAUGGAUUGUGUUAACACUUUGUGAGCAAUAAAACGCGCUUUAACAUUUGGGUCAUAUGUAAUGGAAUAAUUGCUUUGAAAGACCAGUCAGUAUUCAAAAAUAAUUAUAGUUUUCACACAAUAUUGAUACUUUUUGAAGAAAGUUGUUUAUUACACAGACAAAUUGACUACUUACAUAUUAUAAUAACAAAUUUCGUUAGGCGAAAUCCUGAUUGUGUAAGAUUAGUUUACUUAUGUGUAUGUAUCGAAAUCGUUUCACUAGUUUCGGACCCAACCAGAGUCCUUAAUGAUGCGCUAUCGCGGUGGCGGGCGAGUCUGUCACAGUUCUAGAGUUUGGCUCGCGACCCCGUCUGUGCCGGGUCCGAAACUAGUCGGUCGAUAAAUACGCGUGAGUAAACCGUUACAAAUUAACGACUGACUGGUCCAUGUUGACAAAUUCUGAUUUGAAUGACGUUGCCGACAGCUUAAAAUAUAACUAAAUAAUAUUUAUGUAAGUUAAUAGAUAUAUUUUUGUAUAAUACAAUAGACAUAAUUUUUAUUUGAUACUUUUUACAUCCUGACGCAUAGAAAAGAACUCCAAGGCACUAGUGGAUAGAUGUUCGCCAAUAGAAUAUUAACAGCUUCAUUGCAACUGACGAAAUCAAUAAUGUGAUAGCAAGGCCGGUCGAUCAUUGGAGACUAAACAGUAUGUCAGUCUUCCUUAAUUUGAAGCUGUAAAGCUCUGUUAGAUUCUGACUGCACGAAUAGCCAAGUGGUUGAGGUCGCCACGCUUAAACGACUGUGUGUGACGUGUCGCGAGUUCAAUCCCCUCGUAGGACAAGCAUUUUGUCAUGUGCGAAUGCUUGUCCUGAGCCUACGUAUCUCUGUGUAUGUGACUUGGUUGUGUAAAUCCCGCGAUACGAGGAUAACAUUCUUUCACGCGGGAUUCGUUAAAUUCAAAAUAGUUAUGAAUUGUUUUUAUUUCAGUGUGCACAUCUAUUUUUUUAAAGUAGAUAAUAAACAAAACUGUUUUAUCUCAAAUACCUAGUAAAUCCCACCUGUUAAAUUCACCAGCCGCCAAUGAAAUGAGUAACAGCCGUUGCUAUCACCUAAUAUUAUCAAUUUUGGCCAUAUUUUAUAACUAGCAGCUCUAACGGACUUCUUUUAACAUGCGUCGCUUUGUAAUAAAUUGUAAACUUUAAACAAAUCAAUCUCAGACUUUCUCUCUUAACGGGUAAUGUUUUUUUUUUAUAUUUUACCUUCCUGUAUUAUUUUUCGAUUAUUUCUGUGCUGGACAUGUGACUAUUCAAUGUAACUUUUUUUAGUUGGUGUAAAAUUUCUUUAAAACCUCUUCGGAUAUUAAUAAAUAGGGAAGUGUUAUAAUAUAAUAUAUAAAAUUAUAUUAUUGUGGAACAUCACUUUCGAUCGCUUUCAAGGCAUUUUAAUUACUCCUUAUAACACAAGUUUUUAUAAUUUGAAUCGUGACUAGGAAUUUAUAUUGUAUUAACACAUUUCUAAAUAUAAUUUGGAUCUCAACUACUCUCGUUUACCUAAUUUUUUUUGUAUAUUUCUAACCUAUAUCAUUAUUUUUCUUCAAUCAGUUCAUGUAAUAGGAUUUUUUAAAAGUUACGAGAAAAUUCGCUAUGUAUGAAUGCGGAUAAACAAAUACCAGUGUGACGAAAAUCCAUAUAACAAUAUGUAAUAAUACGUAGGCAAAUUACUGCUCCAAGGUUUAAUUUUGUAAAAAAAACGAAUUUAAAUAUUUGGCGUUAAACUGGUAAUGCAUUUUAUAAAAAAACAACGAAUAAAUAUCUGGUGUUUCAACUUUUUCUUAAACAUUCAAGUGUUGAAUCGAUUUAAUUACUAAAAAAUGCUUACAUAACGAUGAUAUUUAAAAAUAAAAUGAAAAAAAUAAGGGUUUUAUAAAAAACCGUUUAAUAAAAACAAUGUGACAUAUGUUUUUGAAACCAGUCGAAAGAAAGUUGUGACUUGUGAAAUUUUGUUUAAAAGUAUUGUUUUUAGAUAAAUUGUAAUGUUUAAGACUAAAAAUUGGUAAUUUGUUUCCAUUGUCUGAUGGCUUGAACAUGUAUUUUUUAGUUAAAUUAAAUUGUUUGAAAAUUU